ACCUGAUAAACGCCCUAAUUACGCAUCUCUCCUUUCAAUCCUCGCCUGACGCAUUUCCCUUCGUUUAGUUUCAUUCUUCUUUCUUCUUCUGUAAUAUACAGAACCAAACGAAGCAGACGAAGUAGGUAACCGAAGUCAAGCCUACUUUCUGGGAAUAAAAACGGGUCCUGGUGUUUAUUGAUAGCCCAUAAUUUGAUAGGAUCGUCCACUGCAAUUGACCGUUCUCUCAACAUUCUACAUAAAGCGAAAAAGGAACUUCCGGAACAGAGGCAAACCAGAUAAAGCUAGAAUGGAUGCCCUGUGUUUUAAAAGUAGUAUAACUGCGAUACCUCCAGCGAUCUCGGUUAGCGGCUCCUUGGAUGCGCGGACAAACCCAUCUCAGGUAAGCGCGGUUGGGCGGUCCUCGACGGAGGAAUCGACACAGAAAUCCGUCUUUUCGAGAUUCUCGUUUAAAUACCCUUUGAGAUCUCUCUGGCCCGGCGGAAGUGGAAAUAGCAGGUACAAUGGGUUAGCCAUCGACGACGCCGUAUCGGUGGAAGACAGGGAAGAAAAAACUGUUCAAGAAGACAGAGAUAACGGAACAAUAAUUCCAGAGGGCCAGAAUGGGAACUGGGUAUUGAAGAUUUUGCAUGUCAAAUCUAUCUGGAGGGGUGAACAGGGUAACGGUAUGCGUAGCGGUGGUGAUAAAGAUGCGGAAAUCGAAGAGGAGGGAGGGGCUAACGAUCAAAUAAAGGGGCCUGACUGUGAUAAUGAGGAGCCAUGUGAUGCUUGCAAGAUUGAUGAUGGUGAUAAAGAGAUUCCAUUGGAUAGGGAUUCAUUUUCAAGGAUGCUUCGGAGGGUAUCGUUAGCUGAAGCUAGAUUGUAUGCGCAGAUGGCCUACUUGGGAAGCUUGGCAUACUGUAUACCCCAGAUCAAGCCAGGGAACCUCUUGAAACAUUAUGGACUGCGUUUUGUAACUUCAUCACUGGAUAAAAAAGAUCGCUCGGCCACAAAGGCUGAAAAAAAUCGGGUGUCAGCUGAAACCCAGGAAGUAGAAACUAACGAGCAUGAAAGAGAAGAAAGCAAGGAACAAAAGAACACCGGACCCAAGAUAAGUGCAUUGGCUGCUUAUAAGGUUGCUGCCUCGGCUGCCUCAUACCUCCAUGCUCAGACCAGGAGCGUAGUUCCAUUUAAAUCCUCAAAAGAUGGGGUUGGUGAAGGUUCACUUGAAGCAAGCAGUGAAAGUGUUGAUGGUGUCAGCAUGGUAAACACAGAGGUAGCUUCUUUGAUGGCAACUACUGAUUCGGUGACAGCAGUAGUUGCUGCGAAGGAGGAAGUGAAGCAGGCUGUUGCAGAUGAUUUGAACUCAACAAGUUCAUCACCCUGUGAAUGGUUCAUAUGUGAUGAUGACCAGAGUGGUGCUAGGUUUUUUGUCAUUCAGGGUUCUGAGUCCCUAGAAUCCUGGCAAGCAAAUCUGCUUUUUGAGCCUGUUCAAUUUGAGGGGCUGGAUAUUCUUGUCCAUAGAGGUAUAUAUGAGGCUGCCAAAGGAAUCUACAAACAGAUGUUGCCUCAUGUUCAUGCACACCUAAAAUCUCAAGGUUCUCGUGCAUCCUUCCGUUUCACUGGCCAUUCCCUUGGGGGAAGUUUGGCAUUGCUCGUAAAUCUCAUGCUGCUUAUGAGAGAAGAAGUGCCAGUCUCCUCCCUGCUUCCUGUCAUAACCUUUGGUGCCCCUUCCAUCAUGUGUGGAGGCGACAGACUGCUUGACAAGCUAGGAUUGCCCCGGAAUCAUGUUCAGGCAAUUACAAUGCACAGAGACAUUGUACCACGAGCCUUUUCUUGCAAUUAUCCUAAUCAUGUAGCAGAGCUGCUAAAGGCAGUUAAUGGAAACUUCCGAAAUCACCCUUGUCUUAAUAGCCAGAAGGUAUUAUACGCACCAAUGGGUGAACUGCUAAUUCUGCAGCCAGAUGAGAAAUUUUCCCCAGGACACGACCUCCUUCCUGCAGGCUGUGGUCUAUAUCUUUUGAGUGUUCCUUCGUCAGAGUCCAAUCAUAACAUGUACAGGGAGCUCCUGGCUGCACAGCUGGUGUUCUUGAACUCACCACAUCCACUUGAGAUCUUAAGUGACCGAUCUGCUUAUGGCUCGGGUGGAACUAUACAAAGGGAUCAUGACAUGAAUUCCUACUGGAAAUCUGUGAGAAGUGUGAUUCGCCAUGAGCUUAACAGAAUCCGAAGGAGGAGGAGAGAGCACAGGCGGAAGAUUUGGUGGCCUCUGGUGGCACUGGCACCCCAUGUGAGUGAUGCCGGGGCUGUGGUUAGGAGGUCGGUGGUAUCAAUCAAUGUGAGUGAAGAGGGGUCAGCCUUCUCAGGCGUCUUAAAAACAGGGAGAGAGUCAUUGAAAAGGUUCAGCAGGCUCGUUGCAUCCCAACACAUGCAUUUGUUUGUGGUGCUCUUGUUUCCAGCACGCUUGUUACUCACGAGCACCCUCAGUUUCCAUUGAAUAGACAAAUGAUAAUUCGUUAUUUAUGGUCAGGACAAUUGUAUAGUACGAGGGGGCAUGGAUGUAGCUUAGAUACAGUUAGUUGAUUAGGUGAUUCUUUAUUCAUUGAUUUCAAAAGUGAAAAGUGCAAGUGUCCUUGUGUUGCCCAUAGAAUUUAAAAAAUAAAAAAUAAAAACUACUCCUCAAAUGUCAGUUAUUGUAAACUGGUUGCUUGAUUGCUAGAGAUUGGUUAAGGGAUAGGCUGGAGCAUUCUUGUAUUCCUUUUCUACACCUUGGUUUAUUUUUUUGUCAUUAAAGGAGUGUUUAGAUAUUUUUAAGAAAA